AUGGUGUUGUCUAUUGACGUGUCAUACUUUGUGGCUUGCUCUCGAAUUUUUCGUGGUCAGAGCCCGCCCGCGGCCACGAGCAGGCUCUUUGGGAGCAGAAUCAAUGCCGAGGAUGACAUUAUGCCCAAAGUGACCUCUGAGAGCGCGAGCGGGCGUGGUUUGAUCAAUUUGAUGCUGUUUUCAAAAAUUUCGUUCUCGCUGUUGUUGAUGUUUUUUUUUCAACCUAUCGGUGGCUGUGGUGAACAACAGGGAUUCACUCGGAAACGGAAGAACUAUGGUGCAAGUCACGUGACGAUAAGAUAA